AUGGCACCUUCAGCGCAGUCUUGGGUUCCCCCAAAUCCUCCCGCAGGGAUUCCAACCAUUCUAGCCGUACCCCCAGCUACUUCCACCCCAGCCCGGCGAUACGGCGAGAUCCAAGACGAAGGCGCUAUGCGACAACGAUGGAUCGAAGACCCCACAGACCGCACAUGCCAAAUUCAGCCCAGCACCCUGACCGUAGCCGACCUUAUAGACGCACGCUGGUUGAUUCGCACCAACAAGCAUAACAUCCCGUUCCAGAUUGCGGAGAAUGCCUUCGCACUGGGAUACCCGAACGCGGCUAUAUACAACCAGACACUGGCGCAAAAUUACGCAGAGGGCGGUCUCGGGGCUGCUGGCUGCGAGAACGUGUACGACAUCCUAGUUGGAAGGGGACUGAUUAUCGCCGAGGGGAUGUUCAGAACUGACGGGCCUCAGUUUUCGCAGAUUGCCCGGGCUCAUUUGCAGGAGAUUGCUGAGCCCCAGUCUCUGCGACACUUCUAUGUUUGUGAUAUCGUCAAUGUCGACACUAGGGAGUUUGUGCAGGAGGUUCUGUAUUCCUCGCGCAAUGAUCUCACCUGGCCUCCGGUCUGUAGAGCACCGCUGGUCUGGCAGUAUAAUACCCCCGAGUACCAGGCUCUUCUGGGUACGCGCGUUGGAAAGUGCGCGGUGUAUCUGGUCUUGGAGAUCUUUCCUAGAGGUACGUAUUAUAUUGCUAGGAUUGUAACCUGGGAUCAAAGUUGCUCACUUGAGAUCAGGUUUGAUAUUGAACCUAUUCCUGCAUCUCCGGUUUCUACUGAUUGA